AGAUUGGGACCCAGAUGCUGUUGCUGCAACAAAAGACGAUGCCGCGAAGAAAGAGAAAGAAGCGGCUGUCGCAGAGCAGUCUUCAGCAUCUUUCAGCUCAACACGGAUGAGUCCAAAACGUCUUAGCCCCCGUCGCAUGAGCCCACCCAGGUCCAGUCCCAGGCGUUUAAGCCCACGCAGGGGUAGCCCUAGGCAUCCCAGCCCUCGUAGACCAAGCCCAAGACGAUCCAGUCCACACCGUUCUAGAUCCAGUCCAAGGCGCACCAGCCCCAGGCGCUCCAGCCCACACAGAUCAAGACCUAGCCCAAAGCGGUCUAGCCCUCACAGGUCCAGACCUAGACGUUUGAGCCCACACAAAUCCAAACCAAGCCCAAAGCAUUUAAGUCCUCACAGGCCCAGUCCACGCAAGCCCAGUCCCAAGCGCAAACUACAGAAAGAAUUACCUGCUAAGAAUUCCAAACUGAAGCCUGCUACUGGUCAAUUGGCAGAUCAAAAGCCUGCAAAUCAGAAGGUUAAAAAGCGACUUCCACCUCCCAAGAAGCCUGGUACUGAGGAUAAAACCACUACAGGUGGUGCUGCUGCUGUCAAAGUAGAAAAACCUACUCCUCAACAUGAUGCAAAUGCACAAUUGAUGCAGGAAAUGAAGAGGAGUGGGCGUGUGGUUCACAUCACUGACCUGCCACAUGAUGGUUAUACUGAGGAAGACAUCACAAAACUAACACAGCCAUUUGGAAAAGUUGCAGCCAUUAAGCUAGUACGAACCAAAAAUGAGGCUUUCCUGGAAAUGGCCUAUAAAGAGGCUGCAGUGGCACUUGUGGAGUUUUACAGCAUCACACCAGUAGAGAUCAAUCACCGACAGGUUACCAUGGUAUUACUGGGACGGAAGAAGGAAAUGCAUAAGCAGCCAGUAAGUCCCAAGGAUCAGAAAGAGCAGCUACAGAGCCAAGUCUUCCCCCCUGUACAGAAGGAAAUAAGUGCUCCAGUGACCAGUGGUAGUGCUCAGUGUGCUUCAGAAACGAACCCUCCUUCAGUUGAUGCAAAGACUGCAGAAAGUGAAGAUACUGCAUUGGAGAAGGGAGAAUCUGAGAAUGUUGGCUUGAAUGUAAACGGUCGAGUUAUUCGAAUUAACAAUCUUCCAGCUAGAGGUUAUAAAGAGGAUGACCUGAAAAGGCUGGCAAAGCCCUUUGGACAAGUAUUGAAUGUGGUUAUCACAUUUUCUAGAAAUCAGGCAUACCUGGAAAUGGCCUGUGCAAAAGCAGCAGCGAAAAUGGUGGAAUUUUACAGCCUUUCCACAAUCAAGCUAAAAGGAAAUGCAAUUAGUAUGCAAGUACUACAUCAGUACGUGGAUCUGAGUGAUAUGGAGCUAAUAUUUAAGGAUAUGAUUGAAGAAUCUGGAUUUAAACCAGAUGCUGGAUGUACUAUAUAUGACCAUCUCGUUCACAUCAGCAAUCUACCUGAAGACGGUUAUACAGAAGUUGACAUUUUGUGUGUUGCGUUUCGAUUUGGAAGAGUAAAAGAUUCCAUGUUUCUGAAACCACACAACAAGGUCCUUCUGCAGCUAGAGAGUGGGAAUGCAGCCACAUCCAUGUGCAACUUUUUCCGAGAAAUUCCUCAUGACUUCCAUGGAAAAACUCUGGAAUUCUCUUUGUCUCCUAAGGCAGGAACGCAGUUGUUGCUUGAUUUCACCAGCGACAGUCCAGCUGGGUUUCGCUUUGAUUCUCCUCCAGCUCCUCAACUUCGAUUGAAUGACCCGCAAGGAAAUCCUCUGCAGGGUCCCAGUUCACAGCAGAAUAUAGAAACUAGCUCAGGGAAUGGAGCACAAUCAGCCAGUAAGGAGCCAAAUCCCUGGUGGGGACGCUCUGGACAAUCGAUACAAUUCAUGCCACUUCCCCAUGCUAAGCCCAUCCCUCAGACUAUGUCAACGGUUUCAGAGAAGUCCACGUUUGAGACUAUAUUGUCCGGUACAAGGGCAAAAUGGUCAUCUGACCUCCUUCACUGGGCCGGUGGACCCCUGAAGGGCUCCCUCGAUGACAAAAAUUGCUGGAAAGCCAUGACCUAUCGAGAGACACCACUGGAAUGCCAUAUUCUUUUACCUUUGGCAUUCCGUCUUCCACUAAGUUUGGAACACCAGAAUCGUCUCCGAUUCAAUGUUGGCAUUCCAAAUAUCCCAGCUGUUGCAGCUCCUGAAGUCGAUCAGCCGAUGUUUCAGUUGCUCGUCUCGAAAGGUGUGGUUUCCACCAAGCAGGAGCUUGAUAACUUGUUAGGUGUGAUAGAAGCAACUCGUUCCAUCCAAUCAAGGGUGACUGAAACUGUAAGUCCCCUCAUUUUAGCUGCCCAGAAGUUUGAGCUGGAUAAACUGAAGGGUGAUUUUGAAUCCCUGUCUCGUGAUCAACUAAAGGAGAGGUUGCUCUCCGCAAUCACUGCAUGUCGUCUAGCAGUAGUUUUAGCUGGGCAGACCCACACUUUCCUUUCCGAAUUGAGGUCUGAUAGGCUGUUACGGGCAACUGGCAUGGAAAAAAUUGCUCCUAGUCCUUUGGAUUUUCCUAACCUAUCCACCGCAGAUUUGUUAGGUCCUCAUUUUCUGGAUGUUCUGACAUGUCGCCUGCUGGCAGCGAAGCAAAAACAACAUGACCCGGCAGCCGCAAAGGAGUUAAAUUCGUUCAUGACAAUCUCACAGAAAAGAAAAGCUCCACCCAGAGGCGCCUGGCCUCGAUUUGCAGCCCGUGGUAAGCCCCCUCCUUCUCCACUUCAAGCUAAGGUAUUGAAGAGUUAGGUUUUAUAUUUCCUGACUUAGGCAUUGUGUUCCUUGUGAUUUCUGCUUCCUAAUCUGAUCCUAAAAGAAACACCUCCAUACAAUUUGACAACUUUUGGUUCGUAAAGUGAAAGAACUGAAAGUUAAUGAAGAAAGUAACUCUCCUUGGUAAGCAUAAUCACUGACAGCUACAUACUUGAUCAUGAUUUUGAUGCUUUGAUAUUCAAAGAUUUGACCCGCCUAGUACAGAUACCACAAUAUGGAUGUUUGUGUGGUUCCUUGAGAUCCCGUUGCUGUUCACAACAUACAUUUAAUUUCUGGCUACGGAACGGUGGUCUAACUUUGAGUAAAUAUCUGUCAGUGAUGGCACUUGGUCAAGUUAGCUUGUGUCCUCAUCAUCCAAAAGUGAAAUGAAUUUCAUCUCUCGACAUCAACUUGUCAACCAAAAUGUCUGUAGCUGCAGUAAAAACAUAGAUUCUGAUCUUAGAUUUAUUUUGGGCAUUUGAACACUGUAAAGGCCUUUAUCUCUAGCACAUUCCCAUGCGUGAUGCAAUGGCAAAGCACUAAAAAAUUGGACUAAGUCAGUUUCAUCAACACAGCUUUUAUUGCAAAGCUGACAUAAGAGCAGGGCACAUACCCAUUUUAUAAGCUUGGGAUGGACAAUAAAUGGUAGCCUAGCUAGCAAAGCCCACAUCCUGUAAUCGAGCAAAAAAAAGUCCCUCUGCAGGCUCUGCAUCACCCCCUCACCAGUUAUCUUGCAAUCAAAUUUUGUCAGCCAUAAACUUGGCUUUAGUUCAUUGACUUACCUCAUCCAAGUCAUUAAUUUACAUUGUUAAUAAUUGUGGCCUCAGCACUGACUAGUGCUGCAUUCCAUUAGUUACAAGUUGCCACCCUAAAAUACCCUCCUUAUCCCAACUUUGUGUCUUGUAUUAGCCAGUUCUCUGUGCAUGCUAAUGUACUACCUGCAACACCAUGGGCUCUUAGCUUAAGUAGCCUAAUCCAUGGCACCUUAUCAAAUACCUUCUAAAAAUCCAAAUAUGCUAUAUCUGCAGAUUCCCUGUUAUUUAUCCUCCUUGUUACUUCCUCAAAGAAUGCUAGUAAAUUUGUCGGGCAGGACAAAUUAAGCCGUUAUGAAGCCAUGCUGAUUCCGCUUAAUCGUACUGGAAGAUUAUUAAUACUGCAUCCACUAUCUCUAUAGCUACUUCCUUUAAUGACCAAUGACACAUCCCAUUGGGUCCAGGAGACUCAUUGGUCUUUAGCCCCAUUAUUUUCUCUAGCACUUUUCUCUCAAUAGUUAUUCUCUUUAUUUCCUCUGGUCCUAUUGCUUCUUGACAGUUUUGUGAUUUUGGGAUGUUGUUUGAAUCUUCUACUGUGAAGACUGAUGGGCAGUAUUUAUUCAACUUCUGUCUUUUUCUGGUUCACCAUUAUUAUUUUCGCAGCCUCAUUCUGUCAGGGACCUAUGUUCAUAGAAUCACAGACCAAAGAAGAGGCCCUUCAUACCAUCAAAUUUGCAGCAACAACACUACUCUAAAUCUACACUAGUCCCAAUUUCCAGCACUUGGCCUAGAGUCUUGAAUGUUAUGACACUUGAAGUGCUCAUCCAAGUACUUUUUAAAGGUUAAAGGUUUCCUGCCUCAACAGGCAGUGCAUUCUAGAUUCCCACCACCAUCUGGGUGGAAAAGUUUUCAUCAACUCCACUCUAAACCUCCUACUGUUCCAAGUUAAAAUUGUAAUCCUUUGUUACUGAGCCUUCAGUUCAAAGGAAUAUCCACCCUUUCCAUGCCCCUCAAUUUUAUACAUCUCAAAUCAAGUCUCCUCUCAGCCUUCUCUGCUCUAAAGAAAACAACCCGAGCUUAUCCAGCCCUCCUUC